AUGAAAGAUUCUUUGUCAACGAACCAAUUAACCGGGCACACAAACAACCAAAUUCAAGCUCUUACCAUUACUUUUAUUGAGCUUCUUGUUGGGGUCAAGAAUUUUAUAUUGGCCAAGAAAGGGCCUUUAGGUACAAUUUGGAUAGCUGCUCAUUUGGAGAGGAAGCUUCGGAAGAACCAGGUUGCUGAUACCGAUAUCGGUGUCUCUGUCGAUUCGAUUCUUUUUCCUGAAGUACCAAUUGCACUGAGAUUGUCUAGUCAUCUUCUGCUUGGUGUGGUGAGGAUAUAUUCUAGAAAGGUGAAUUACCUUUUCGAUGAUUGCAGUGAGGCUUUACUGAAGGUAAAGCAAGCGUUCCGCUCCACUGCAGUUGAUUUACCACCAGAAGAAUCAACUGCCCCAUAUCACUCCAUUACCUUGCCAGAGACUUUUGAUCUUGAUGAUUUUGAGCUUCCAGACAAUGAUAUUUUUCAGGGCAACUAUGUCGAUCAUCACGUUAGUACGAGGGAGCAGAUUACCCUCCAAGACACAAUGGAUGGUGUUGUUUACUCCACAUCACAAUUUGGGUUGGAUGAGCGGUUUGGUGAUGGAGACACUUCUCAUGUUGGUUUGGACCUUGAAGAGGACCUGUUCCUAGACAAGGUUGUAGCUCCAAGGUCCGAUGAAGUUUCAGAGGCAAAUUUUCAGCCAUCCGUUGAACCAUUGGAACCAAAAGUAGAGGAAGAUCAUGGCAUGUUUGGAGCUGCAGAAGGCAUUUCAGUGAAUGGUACUAGAAACAAGCUGACGAAAAUGGUUUACCCUUGUGAGCAGAUAAGAGGUCAAGCUUCAAAUUCGGAAUAUCUUGACUAUGCUCAGGCUCCUUCCACUCCUGGGCUAGCAGAAGAGCCAAACUUGUCCAGCGUUCAGGAUGGCCUGGCGUGUGAUGAUCAUUUAGAACCAGAAAAUCACAAUUUAACCAACAUAGUAGCAAUAGAGGGUACAGGAAAUGCUUCCAGCAAGCCAGAUCUUCAUCACAGGGACGACGCAAUGAAUUUGUCUCUGGGCAAUCAUUUAAACCACGAUACUGUUGUGUGCAUGCCUGCUGAGGAGAAUGGCUGUCUUUCUGGUGAUUUGGAAAUCAAUCAAGGAAAGUCACAUGGAGAGUUACCAUCUGCUGCAGUGAAUAUAGACUGCUUAGCGGUAGAUGGAACUGUUUGUGCAUUAGAUGGAUCAGACAAGGUGGAAAUAAUAAAUCAUGUUGUUUGCAAUGGCGAAUCAACUGCGCCCUCUGUUGAUAAAAUCAAUGGGGAGUGCAGAGAAUCCACAGGAGUCAGGUUACAUGAACUAGAUAAUGUUGUAAUUUCUAAUGCUGUGGAAGACUUGAGCGCACUUGGAAAAGCUGUAGAUGCAAAAACUGGCUGUACAUUGGAAUUGGCUAGUGCCCCAGAGGAUGAUGCUCAGGCUUGCCAUGGACCAGAGGAUCCUGAUACUUUGAACAAAGACGUUGAUAAAGAAAAGACACACACGUCUGUGGGUGUGCUCCGGGCAUGCAAUUCCCAUUUGAAUGAACCUGAUUCAUCAUCCCAUGGAAUUAAUAACGAGGAGCUUCCCCCUGAACCACAAGAUGAUGUGCCAUGUUCAUUGGAGACAUCCAGCAGGGAGGAAGCGCUCCAUGCUUCUGGAAUUUCCACUAAGGUGCAAGGUGAAGAAUACCAUGUGACUGAUGGUAUAAAAUCAGUGGAAAAUAAGAUAUCAGAACCCAAUUCACAUGGAGAAAUUCAAGCAGAUGGUUGGAAACAAGAUGAGCAACCAGACAAUGCAUUCUCUUGUGAUAAUCAGUUGGAAAACUUGAAUAGUUCCCUGACUUUUGAAUUGCCUACGCCUGAAAAGUUGCUUUCUGUACCACAAGGGCUUCUUGAUAAGCCAAAUGAUUUGAUAGUUGAGUCAACACCAGACAAAGAAAUGUUAGAUGGGGGUGACGGAAGCAGUGCUGGAACCAACAUUACUGGAAAAAAGCGUAGUUUUACAGAAAGUUCACUAACUGUGCAAAGUUUAAAUUCAGCUGAUUCUUUUGGAGUCUCCAGAUCAAAGAGGACUGUGGAUUCCAUUCCUGACGAUGAUGAUUUGCUAUCUUCUAUAUUAGGUAUAUCGUUCUUCUUGAUGCCUCUAAGCAUGGCAUACUGCGACAUGACUUAUGACAUGGGUUUGAAAUGGGAAGCUGUUACGUCUGUUCCUAAAAAGUUUAUUGAACUAUAUGCUUUGAAAAAAGCUGAUGCUUCUAUAAAUAUGUGA